CCGACGCGGCGGCGCCCUCCGACCGCCAGAGGGAGCGCGCGGGCCUCCCCGCGGCGCUGCCCGUUGCGCUAGUUCCGGCGCGCGUGUUCCGGCGGCCGCGGAGGCGAUGGCGGCGCGGAGGAGGACGACUCUGGCGGCGGGCUCCUUGGCGGAUCGGGCGUCGCUCCUCUGCCGGCAGCGCCUCCGGGCCGCCCUGCACCGGCGGCCACGGCCUGAGGUACCGCGCGGCCUUGCGGGCUCGGAGGCGGGCAAGAGAGUUCCCGGCGGCGGGCGGCGCGGAGACGAGGCGGCCGAGAGCGCGGGCGGCCACCGGGCGAGCCGCCGUUGCGCCCCAGUGCCCGACUGGAAGCGCGGCGCCCCGAGAGUGCCAGGUGAAGGGGCAGCAAAGGAGGGCAGCCAGGCGUCCAUCACGGGAGACGGAGCAGCCCAGGAGCUGAGGCAGCAGCUGACCAGGAGACAGUGGAGAAACCGGCAGAAGAACAAGCGGCGGCAAAACAACAAGUUCAAGGCCUCCAACGGCCAGCCUCUGGCGGCGUCUUCUGUGGCAGGCCACCCUCCUGAUGACCAUGGGGGCCUGGCCCCGGAUACCAAGGCACCUGGCAGGCAGAGACCCUCCCUGAGGCAGCGCCUGGAGAACCGCCUGGAUGCCGCUCGCUUCCGCUACAUCAACCAGAUGCUGUACACACGCUCCAGCCAACAGGCAGCCCAGCUUUUCCGGGAGGACCCCGAGGCUUUAGCUGUCUACCACCGAGGUUUUGCCCUGCAGGCGGCCUCCUGGCCCGAGCGGCCCGUGGAGCGCUUUGUGCACUAUCUUCACCAUAGACCGGCCUCCCUGGUGGUAGCUGACUUUGGCUGCGGGGACUGCACCCUGGCUCGUAGCCUGCCCAACCGAGUGCACUGCUUCGACCUGGCGGCCCUAGAUCCGCGCGUGAUCGUCUGCGACAUGGCACAGGUGCCGCUGGAGGACGCCUCCGUGGACGUGGCCGUCUUCUGCCUGGCGCUGAUGGGCACCAACCUGCGCGAGAUCCUGCAAGAGGCUCACCGCGUCCUUCGAGCCGGGGGGACGCUGCUGGUGGCCGAGGUGGCGAGUCGCUUCGCGGACCUGCGGGCCUUCCUGGGGGCGCUGGCCCGGCUGGGCUUCCGGCUGACCUCCAAGGUAGGCGGGAGCGAGGGCGGGGUUCUCCCUGCCGCGGGCCCCUCUCAUCGGCCUCUCCCUCCUUCCGCAGGACGUGUCGGGCAGCCACUUCUACACCUUCGAGCUGCGCAAGGCCGAACGGGCGGAGGUGGCGAAAGCGGCCGAGGAGCCGCGCGGACUGGCGCUGCGGCCCUGCCUGUAUAAGCGCCGGUGACGUCGGGGCUCCCUCCCGACCAAUAAAGGCCCGUCUUGCUGGCGA